CCAUUGCCAGGGCGACGGCGGGUCGCAGGUGGCCGGGGGACAUCCGGGCCGUUUCCCCGCGGCCCCGCCCCGCCCCGCCCGCGGGGAAACGGUCGCGUAGCGAUGACGUCGCGGGGGCCUGGCCGGGCGUCGGGGACUCAGGAGAUGGAGGAAAAGGAGAUAUUACGGCGGCAGAUCCGCCUCCUGCAGGGUCUGAUCGAUGACUACAAAACCCUCCAUGGCAAUGCUCCAGCCCCAGGCACGCCAGCAGCUUCCCAGUGGCAGCCACCCACUUACCACAGUGGCAGGGCCUUCAGUGCCCGCUACCCUCGUCCAAGCCGGAGGGGCUACUCCUCACACCAUGGGACCUCGUGGCGCAAGAAAUACUCCCUUGUGAAUCGGCCUCCGGGACCCUCAGACCCACCUGGCGACCAUGCUGUGCAGCCAUUGCAUGGGGCUAGGGGUGGCCAGGCUCCUGACCCACGGCAGCAUGUCCUUGAGAGACAGGUCCGGCUCACUCAAGGUCAGAAUAUGGUCACCAAAAUUAAACCACCAUCAAAGUCUGGCUCUGCCAAGGCCUCAGGGGCCCAGCGGGGCUCUUUGCGAGAAUAUGAGGACACCCCCUGGAGUGACCAAAGGCCCCAGGAAGGUGAAGGUGAGCCCCCUAGGGGACAGCUGCAGCCCUCAAGACCAGCAAGAGCCAGGGGCACCUGCAGUGUGGAAGAUCCUCUUCUGGUCUGCCAGAAGGAGCCUGGUAAGCCCAGGGUGGUGAAGUCUGUGGGCAACGUAGGCGACAGCCCCCUGGAGCCCCGCCGGACUGUCAGUGAGAGUGUGAUUGCCGUCAAGGCUAGCUGCCCAUCCUCCGCUCUGCCCCCGCGCACUGGCAUGGCCCUGGGCCGGAAGGUGGGUUCUCAUUCUGUGGCCAGCCGUGCUACACAGCUCCUCGGAGAUGGGAGAGUAGAUGCCGGCCCCGCGGAUCAGCCAGUUCUGGCUGGCUCCGUGGUGGGCCCGGCCAGACCGGCCUCAGGACCCAGGCAGGCCCGGGAGGCCUCGCCGCCUGUGUCCUGUCGAACUAACAAGUUCCGGAAAAGCACCUACAAAUGGGUGGCCGCCUCUGCGAAGAGUCCCCGGGCCGCUCGGAGAGUGCUCAGCCCCAGAGUGGCUGCAGAGAACGUGCGCAAGGCUGCCGCUGGCGUGGCCAGUAAGGUGGAGAAGCCGCAGCUCAGAGCCGACCCAGAGCUCAAGCCCAGGAAGCCAGCCACGUCCUCCCAGCCAGGGUCUGCCCCCAGCAAGUACAAGUGGAAGGCAUCCAGCCCCUCUGCCUCCUCCUCUUCCUCCUUCCGUUGGCAGUCGGAGGCUGGCAGCAAGGAACGUGCCUCCCAGCUCUCCCCAGUCCUGUCUGGGUCCCCGUCGGGGGACGGACCAGCAGUAGGACCCAGUGGUUUGAAGCCCCUCUCUGGGGAGACCUCAGUCUCAGCUUACAAAGUGAAAAGCCGCACCAAGAUCAUCCGGAGGCGGGGCAGUACCAGCCUUCCUGGAGACAAGAAAAGCAGCCCCUCCCUUGCUACCACCGCCAAGAGCCACCUCAGCCUCCGGCGGAGACAGGCGCUCCGGGGGAAGAGCAGCCCUGUCCUGAAGAAGACCCCCAACAAGGGCCUGGUACAGGUUACCACACACCGGCUGUGCCGCCUGCCCCCGAGCCGGGCCCACGUCCCCACCAAGGAAGCAUCCAGCCUGCAUGCCCUGCGGACUCCACCCACUAGCAAGGUGAUCAAGACCCGCUACCGCAUCGUCAAGAAGACCCCGGCCUCAUCUCUCAGCGCCCCGCCCUUCCCCCUGUCUCUGCCCUCCUGGCGGGCCCGGCGGCUCUCACUGUCCAGGUCCUUGGUGCUGAACCGCCUGCGUCCAGUUGCCAGCGGGGGUGGGAAAGCCCAACCAGGCUCCCCUCGGUGGCGGAGCAAAGGCUACCGCUGCAUCGGAGGGGUCCUCUACAAAGUGUCUGCCAACAAGCUCUCCAAGACCUCCGGCCAGCCUGGUGAUGCCGGCAGCAGGCCCCUCCUCCGCACAGGCCGGCUGGACCCUGCAGGCAGCUGUAGCCGUUCCCUGGCCAGCCGGGCCGUGCAGCGUAGCCUGGCCAUCAUCCGUCAGGCGCGGCAGCGGAGGGAGAAGAAGAAGGAGUUCUGCAUGUACUACAACCGCUUCGGCAGGUGCAACCGCGGCGAGCGCUGCCCCUACAUCCACGACCCUGAGAAGGUGGCCGUGUGCACCAGGUUUGUCCGGGGCACCUGCAAGAAGACGGAUGGGACCUGCCCCUUCUCCCACCACGUGUCCAAGGAGAAGAUGCCAGUGUGCUCGUACUUUCUGAAGGGCAUCUGCAGCAACAGCAACUGCCCCUACAGCCACGUGUAUGUGUCUCGCAAGGCCGAGGUCUGCAGCGACUUCCUGAAAGGCUACUGCCCGCUGGGUGCAAAGUGCAAGAAGAAACACACACUGUUGUGCCCAGACUUCGCCCGCAGGGGGUCGUGUCCCCGGGGCACCCAGUGCCAGCUGCUCCACCGCACCCAGAAACGCCACAGUCGGCGGGCAGCCACAUCCCCCGCCCCAGGACCCAGCGACACCGCUGCCAGGAGCAGGGCCUCAGCCAGCCACGGGCCCAGGAAGCCCUUGGCAGCCCAGCGCCCCACCAGGCAGACGCCCAGCUCUCCUGCCCUCACCGGGGCUGCCCUGGCUGCGCCUCCCCACUCCCCAGGGGUGUCAGCCUCUCCCUCAUCCUCCAAGGCGGCCUCUUCUCCUUCCUCCUGUUCCUCCUCCCCCUCCUCCCUGUCCCCUCUCAAUUCCUUGGACCAGGAGGCCCCGUCUCUCCAGGAGGCCACCUCAGCGGUGGCGCGCUCCAGCAGGCUCUGCAAGCUGCCCUCCUUCAUCUCCCUGCAGUCCUCACCAAGCCCAGGAGGCCAGCCCAGGGCCCGGGCCCCCAGGGCCCCCCUGACCAAGGACUCAGGUAGGCAGCGUGGCCUGACUCAGGCACAGGGGAGUUUUAAAUGCCCAUCCCAGACCACCACGUCAGAAUCUUCAGGUGGAGCCUGGGUGAGUCCUGAGGGCACCAGGUGUGCACCUGCCAGCCCGGGGGGCGGGGCUGGCCGAGGGCGAGUGUGGCGGUGGCCCCUGCGCUGUCGGCCCCAGCUGAGGCUGAUUUAAUUAGAAAGCACCCAUUUCUGUUAAUUUGUUCUGGAAGAUCACGGCGCACUCCUGGAGAGAACAGAUGUUCCCUCUCCCCCAGUGAGCGUUUGGGGCUUGGUAAAUGGCUCCACUCAGCCUUGUUUAGGAGAGAAAAGAGGAUUUUAUGGCUGCAAACGACCCUUUCUGUAAACAUUUUACAGCUCUCUGCGCGUUUGAGUGACGAUAAACCCCACGCAGCUCGGCGGGCUGCAAAUUUGUGACCAUACGGCUAUCAUUUUAUUGUCAUAUUUCACGGUCGUAACGUUAAUGGAAGAUGCUUGCUGCAGCCUUCUCCAGCAUCUCCGCUGAGCACGCUCAAACGCCUGCCUCGGAGGGGCUGCCUCCUGCUCACAGCCUCCACGCUGGGCGUGGAGUGUGGCCAGACCCCACCCCACAAGACGUGGGCACCCGCUCCCUCCAUCUGGGUGGGCCUCUCUGGGCUGGGGAAGCAGAUAGGCCCCCAGGCAGGCACCUCUUCUAUUUUUUUUUAAGAUCAGGAACCCAGCAGCCAAUUCCAGAGCCAGCAGAGGUGGGCAGGGUGCUGAGGGGUCCCAUGUGCAGCUUGGGCAGGCCCCUCAAAACGCUGCCGUGGCCGGGUACUCGGGCAGGUGGAGGUGCCUGGGACGGUUUCUGGGUAGGAAGCUGGGCCGCAGGGGCAGGCUGACAGGUCAGAGCCGGGUAGUCCGCCACCUGGGCCCACAGCUGUGUGCGGGCGAGUGGCCCCGGGGCAAUGCCGGUCCUGGGGCAGCUACACGGAGGUGUCUGUAUUCAGUGGGCUGCCGUGGUGCCUGUGGGGUGGUCUGGAGAUCUGGGGAGAGAGGAGCGGCGCCAGCACCUAGUUAGUGAGUGAGCACUCACAGGGCAGGGGCCCCCAAGGUUCCCCGCUGGGGGGAACUGCUCCCUCCCACACCGCCUGCCUCCAGGCCCUGCCCGCCUCACCCUGGGGCCUCUGUCCUGCCCUGCCCCUCCUGCCACAGCUUGUGUGCACCCCGGCUUUCCACAUGGAAGGUGCAGCAUGGCCGCCUCACGGGCCUGGCAGCCUCACUGCAGGUGUGUGUGUGUGUGGGGUUGCCCAGUGCUGUGUGUGCUGGGACCGAUGGCUUAACCUGCAGACCUUGUGGCUAGGACCGCCGCCCCUGCCAGGAGGACCCUUGGAUUGCAGGCAGAAGCCUCAGUCGACGCCAUAGACUGAGCCUGCACCAUGGGCGGACAGGCACAGUGGCUCACCAGGACCCGUUGGCAGCGGCGGCAGGAGCUGAGGCCUGUGGCCUGUGAGCUCUUCUCUCUGGAACUCAGACCCUGCUGUGUUAGCCCCAUCCUGAGUCCCAGACCAGGAGCAUUGCAUACUGGGGAGGGUCUUCUAGGGCUUUCCUGGCACCUGACUUUUGCCCUCUUGCACAGGGAAGCCUCUGCACAUCAAGCCACGUUUGUGAGGACCCCAGGAACCGGCCUGCACCUACCUCAGACCCUCGUCCUUGGAGAGGAAAGAGGCUGUGUCUGCCACUCUGCCCCAGAGGAGGGCUGCCCCCCACCACCCCCACCUGGGGCCACAGGGACACUGUUCUGCCUGCCUGGAAACUUCCAUGACCACUGUGUGCCCAGGGCCUGGCCCCUGACCCCACCCACCCCCCUCCAGGGUGCCAGGCAGGGGUGGCCUCCAGGCCUGUUCCCCACAGCCUUUGGCAGCAGUGGCCCUGUGGCCCCCCAGCCCUCUCCACCCAGGUCUUGAGCCCAGUGAAGAGGCCACCGGCCAGGCCUCCCAGGCAGGUGUUUUAUGUUCAGCAAUAAAAGUUCUGUCCAUAA